UGUCCUUUAGCCUCACCCUUGUACGGUAGAGACUGCAGCUGCUCCAGCCGUCUCGGUAGUUUGCGAGAAUUUUGUCCCGUGCCGGCGCAGAUCUGUCCUAAGUUGUCAACAUUGCUUUCCGUACGUAGCUACAUUAUUAUAAAUUCACGCCAUUCACUGUCCUUCUCUCCUUAUCAACCAGCUGUUUAUAUUACCAAUAUUCGAAAUUUCUCACUGUUGCAAUACAUUAUUCAAACAGAAUGCAUCUACGCACGCUCGUCUUACCGAUCUUGGUGCCCUCCGCGGCUCUCGCGCAAAGGAUUGUAAAGGGCACUAUCUACAAUGGGAUUGACAAUCAAGGUGUAAAGUAUGAGAUCAUUACUGAGAAUUGUAUCAACCUCCGAAAGCCAUUAUUAGACGAAAUACACUCUAUUGAUGUGACCGAAGGCUUUAUGUGCAGGAUUUAUACCGAGAGAGGUUGUGAUGACGAGGGGUCCUACAGGGAAUACUACGAAACUGAGUUAUAUAUUCCUGGGGGUAAUGCCAAAGCUGUCAAAUGUAUGAGGGCAGAAUAAGAGCUGGUUGCCUUGGGCGUGG